AUGCUUCCAGAUGAUGUAACUUAUUUGGAUCUUUCCUAUAACUCUAUCUCGACAUUUAAAAACAACUCAUUCAAAAGAUUGUCGAAGCUUUCAGUUUUGAAAUUGAAUUCGAAUUCGUUUCGAAUGACUGAAAAUCUAGAUAUAAGUCUCUUCGCAGAUUUGAUUAACAUUAAAAACAUAGAUUUAUCCGACAACAAUGAACUCACUUUUCAAAUCAUGCCAAUAUUGGCAUAUGGACUUCAAAAUUCCACUAUUGCAUCCCUUCGGGUGAAUAAAAUUCAUUGCACAUUUGGAUUAGGUACAAAAAUCAGAAUAAAGGAUGUUCGAUAUCUUAAACAUACCAAUCUUAGAGAACUGCAUUUGUCAAGCAACAGAAUUGAAUUGGUGGAGAAUGGAGUCUUCGAUUUUUUUCCAGAAACACUUAAGAGAAUAUCAUUUGCUGACAACAGGCUGACAUUUGGGGUAUUUGCCUUAGAACUUAGAUCAUUAAAAGGCCUGGAAUGGCUAAACGGAAGUGCACAGUAUUUAACCCAUGAUCCAGCUGAAUUUAUUCAACACUUAAUAUCUCCAUGUGAAGAUGAAAAAGAAUAUCUACCAAGCACGCACAUUGAUAAGCAUAAGAAUAGAAAUUUAAAAGAACUACAGAAAUCUUUUCCAAAUAAUGUGAUUACAGAAGAAGAUAUGCCGUUUGUACAGAAAAUGGUUUCGGAAUUAGAAACAAAUAAUGGGAUACGCUUGUGUAUUCAUAGUCGAGAUUUUGUUCCAGGAUAUGAUAUUUCCGAAAAUAUAAUCACUGCCAUCAACAAAAGUAGGAAAACAGUCGUUAUAUUGUCUCCAAACUUCAUCAAGUCCAGCUGGUGUAUGUAUGAACUUCAUAUCGCAAAGAUGGAAGAAAUAUAUUCGAGGGAAAAUGAAUGCGUUCUCCUUUUGAUAUUUUAUGACGCAGUUCCCGUGGAUAAAAUACCUUUAAGUAUUAUGGAUCUUAUCAAGCAAAAGUCGUACAUUGAAUUUCCUAACGAUGAUUAUGGGGAUCCGAACGCUGUUUCCCUACAGAAAUUAUACCUGAGUAACAACUUGUUAGUUUUCAGUCUAUUGCCUGAUUCAGAUGGAAAAAUAUUCAGAAAUCUAAAAAGUUUGCGUGUUGUAGAUUUAAAGGCAAAUAAAAUUUCCUACUUACCUAAUGAUGUGUUCAAAAAUCUUGAAAACCUUGAGUAUUUAGACCUUAGUAGCAAUUUACUAACUGGAAUUGAUUUUGAUAUUAGAUAUUUAAAGUCCCCACAAAAUCUCAUGGAGGACAAAUAA